AUGAAGCUAAGCGCUAUCUUCUUGCCACUAUAUCUUUCACUAUCUGUAGUUCGUCCACUUUUAUUUGACAAAGAGAUAGAAGUCAUCAAUGGAUAUUACUCAGACGUAACUGUAGCAAUAAGGCAUGUUGAGUUCAUAGGUACCGUGGACAAUGGAACUUUGGACUGUUUUAUCCCCGGCUUCACGCAGUUUAGGUGGGAGCUUAUAAACAAAGUAAGUGGUGGACCAUAUACUGAAUCGGCCAGUCUCAUUUUGGAUGGCGAAAUCAAGGAGCACCAGUCUACGCUAAAGAUUGGCAAAGGCGGCUUCCCCAUGGCAACUGAGAUGUUAAUUGUCUCCUGCGAGGCGAUGUUAAGGGGGAGACCACAAUUUCAAAUUAUUUGGGUGGUCACAAGGUUGCACUCUCCACUAGGAUACCCAACAGAUCCGAAGUUUUGCACCUUUAACCAGCCGAGGGGUUUUGAUGACACAUGCGAUCAUUUUAAGUGGGCGUUUAACACGGAUUGUUACUCUGGCGAUGGUCGAGAGUACAGAGGUAAUACGUACCUGGCUCAAAGUAACCCGCCUGUGGUAUGUCAUUAUUGGAAUAUGAACUUCGUCUCUGUUGAUCAUCGUAAACUAGACUUGAAAAAGGAGCAACGGUACUGUAGGAAUCCAACCAACGAACACAGCCCUUGGUGUAUUGCAACUUCGACCAAUAAGAAACAAUUCUGUCGCGUACAAGAAUGCUCUGAUUGUAUGUACGGAAACGGAGAUGGGAUCUUAGAUAUUUAUGACUACGUUGAUCCUGUGUCAAAGUGGAGGCAAAAGUUCCCAAAAUACAACGGACGAACCCUCACCACUCUUAAAGAGGACGACAAUGGACGACCACGUCUGUGUAUGACCGGAAAAGGAUUCGAGUCAAAUCUUUGUCGUCCAAGAAAGGGCAAGCCGACGCCGCACUGUUUUGUCUCGAAAAAUAAGGCAGAUGAGCCUCACAUAAAGUCCACGAGUGAUAGUAGACUGGAGCUUGUUGAAUGUAGGAUACCUCAGUGUACGGUCAGACAAGUUUGGUUUCUGUUUUUCGACACUACUGGAAUGCCAUACCUCAAAGAAUCUAACUCGGAGGCCGUUGAAAUAACACUGUUUGACGGUCAGAGACUGUACAUAUUUUUUGGCACUUUUGGAAUCCACUUUACGAACGGCUUCAGUGUUAGUUCUGAAGAUCCGCGCUUGGCUAAAUUUGCUAAAAAUUUUGUUGUGAAAGGCCGAAGGCCACCAGACAAGCUUAGUACCCUACAUUUCGGUGUAGUUCGCAAAAAAAUGAAUGGAAAAUAUUUUAUCCAAUACGCAUUCGCAGAAGGAAAUCCCAGAAUUCAGCAAAUUACUUACAAAGGCAACUUCAGACUCGACAUACGCGACCCAAUGAGUUUAUCGUUUAGGCCAAACAUUGUAGAACUUUGCAAGGGACAGAGUGGAAGCUUGAGUAUUCUCGUUUCUGGAGGUUUUAAUGUCGACGAUAACAGUAUCAAGUGGAAGUUUGGAUAUUCAAGAACCAGUGUUAAUCAGGAUAUAUCACCCGAGCACCCAUUGUUUGAACUCUCCAAAGAUUUUAAAACAUUGACUAUUAAGGCAUUGGAGAGAGAAACUUGGGUAUACGUGGAAGGAGACUCCAUGUCGGGAAAAUCAGCAACCGCAGGUUUAUUCAUUGUAAAAAGUAAGUUUUUUUGAGGAACUAGUUUUACUGGAUAUACUGCUAGCCUCAUCUUCUGUGACCACCAUAUUUUUACAAAACCUUGCAUUGGUUAUUCGCGAUGAUACAUAAAACUUCAAGUGAUUUUUGGAAAACGAAACAUGGUGUUUUGACCACAUGUCAAACAACGACAGAAAAUACAAAUAGAGGUAUAGUUUUUUGUGGACUUUAAAGUGUUUGAAAUUACUAUGAAAAACUGCUUUUCUCGAAUAUUUCUUCACUUUUUGGGUACAAACGUAAAGCAAAAAUUGUGGAGGAGUAAUCUGAAUACCAAUCUGAUCUAUAAUUUCCUUCAUGUCUGGCUUGUAAGAAUUAUGGCUACCUUUUAUAAGGCCAUAAAUACAAAACAGUUAAAUACUUGUUGUUAUGCAGCGCAUUUAAGAAAAAAACAUAUUUAUCCGCUGUAUUACACGCUUGCAUUAGCAGAGGUAGAAAAAAGUGUUUCUAAUUUAUUUUGGACCUCGAUUCAUAGCUCAACCGCAUCUCAUCCCAAAGUCACCGUCUCAGAUAUUCGCUUUGCCUGGUGAUGAAAUCUCUCUGUCUGUAGAAACCGAACGUGGUUUAAGAACAACGUGGACGCACGAGGCACAAAUAAUACCAGAAGUUCCUGAAGACCCUGAAAUGGCAUUCGAACGAGGCCUUAAAGAUAACAAGAUUUCAGAAACUCUUGUCAUUAGCUCAUUGGACUGGAGGCACUAUGGAAUCUAUGUUGUCGAAACGGAAAAAGCUGGAUGUCGCGAGGCAAUAACAUUUAAUAUCAAGCACGACAAAGGUAAUUAUUUCAUGCCUUUUUAACUAAGAAGAGCUCUUUGUAAAUCAUAGUAUACUCUGUAGGUGAUAUUUCCCGAUCUGUAAACAGCUGUACUCUUAGGUGCAUACAUGCGUGGUCUGUUGUUGCAUGCACCUCACCUACAAGCCUUGGAAAAAACGUUAACUUGCGGAUAGACGAAGACACUCAUUAGGGUAUAAAUUUUCCAAGUAUGCUGUCGCAAAUUUCAUGUUAUGGACGUGUUAAACAUUUUUUGUAGCAUUUAUGUGGAUUUUUUUAAAUUAUAUAUUUGUUAAAUUUUGAACAGAAAAGGAAAUCGAUCAAGCACCCAACUCUAAUACAUCAUCUGUUGACGAGGAAAACAGUGACGGCGAGCAGCCUGGUGUUAGAACUACGGGUAAGUCAGAUAAAAAAAAUACAUCAGUACUAAAAAUUUGGAAGAAAUAUAAUGCAGGAUCAUCAAGCUAAUGUAAAAAAAGAUGAUUGCGUAUGUAUCAUUAGCUUAUCAUUUGAUUUUAUAGCACCUCUUUGCAAAAACCAGAGAGCGCGCUUGUCCACAAUGUGGACGCUUUCCUAAUCUGUUCCUAUUAAUUCUUCGAAAAGAUAAAGUUAAAUGCGAUAUUUAGGAGCUGCAAGACCGCAACGACAACCCUUGCUGGCAGUGAUAUCUUGCAGACCAGGACAGUAAAUAACGUGGCCGGAUGAACUGAAUGUAUAAAUGCAGACUGGUCCCAUGGCCAAGUUAUGGAAAAAGCAAUGAAGACGUACAAAAAAAUACACAGUUUAUCUAUCCAGUUACGAAAUGGGAACCUUGAAUAUCAUGAAAGAAUCUCCGCUUAGAUGUGUCCCGAAUUAGUGUUGUCUCGAAAGUACCGGCUAGCGUUCGCAACUGAGCUUUGCAGAGGCCAAUUUACUUUAUUAACUCAGGAGCUGUUUGCAUAAAGGGAGGAAAAUUCUAGCACCAGGAAGAUGCUAGGAGACGGAAGACUUUUUAAUGGGAUUUACAUGCAGAAUUUUCUGUCCUUGUGGUUUCCAAGUAGAGAGGGAAUUUAAUGCCCCAUUCACACCAACUAAACAUGUUUAGUUUUAAUUCAGGUUUUAAAAAAUGAAAAACAGACAUGGAAAGCAAGAACACAAGGUUUCACACAGGAUUCAUAUGAAAUUCAACAUGUUUUGAAAUUUGCACUAAAUUAGCAAUCAAUUUAAGUUGGUAAACAGCUUUUAAUGAAGGAAAGAAAAUUCAAACCAUAUUUAACUAAACAACUUUUAAACAUCUUUAAGCUCCGAUGUGAAUGGGGCUUAAAAAUGCAGUUUGGGCCCUUCUGGUCUUUUUACUGCGUUAAUAACUUCCUUUAAUUUCAGCAGAAUUAUCACAAUUAACAGCUCUUAGUAACGGAAAAAAAAGAAAUAGUCGGCCUUGAUUGCUGUGAUUAUCCACUGAACAACCCACCGACAUUUUAGUCGGAUUUGUCUCUAGUGCUAAGAUCUUCCUGGCGAAAGCAGUUUACAUGGUGCUAAGGAUCUUCCUAGUACCAGGAUUUUCUCUCAGCUAGGAAGAUCUUGGUACUAGGACGAUCCUAGCGCUAGGGACAAGUACAACCCUUGGUAUGUAAUCUGAAUACUGAAAACAGGAUGAUCCUCCUUCUAGGGUCUUCGUGGUGAUAGGAUCUUCCUCUCUACAUGUAAACAGCCCUUUAGUUGAUAAAACCAAAUUUUUGAUUUCAUUUCCCAGCAGAUGUGUCACCACAGAUUAUUUAGAAGCUAAAACUCUCAUACAUCGACUGGUUGAGCUUGGUCAAAUAAACUGUAUGUUCAGCCUUUGAUUAAUAAAAGGGAAAAAAGGGACAUUUGAUCUUUAAAAGAAAAUGUUUCCUUAGUUUUUAGGUAAGCAGCAUUUGCUGGAUGAAAUCUCUCUGCAAAUAAUUAGGUACGUGACAAAUAUGCUGCUUUAGAAAUUCUUUGUCUAUUUUUGUUGCAGGAAAGUGUGCUGUUCAACAACUGAAGUUAGUCAAGCAUGAUAAGAGAAACUAUGCAACCAACUGGACGAUAGGUAUGUAACUACAGCCCCUGUGGGUGGUGGUGUGGAUCACGGAGCUCGUAAAGGGGAAUAUGCUAAUCUGUGAUUUAUCUUAUCAUGUGGAAACAAGCAUGCAAAUUGUUGUUGCCAACCGUCGCACUAGAUAGAAAAAAAUUGGACGUUGCCAGAUUUUUUGCAGAGACGAGGCAUACCCUCCCCUCCUUCUUCCCUAACCAAAAAGCGUUUUGAAGUCUAGACGCUCCUGGAACGCCGUGCUUCACAUUUUUCAUAAGCGGUAUAUCUCAUAAAAAGUAAUCCAGUUCCCAAGGCCCCCCCGUUCAUAUAUAGUAUUGUGUUGUCGCUUAUUGUUUCCAUUCGUGAAAAUGUUCAAGAGGAUGAGAUAACGUGAGGGACGUUAAUCUAGGAGCACUUAAUAUUUGACUGCAUAAGCAGACCAGUCUAGCAAUUCGGGUAUUCCAUGAUCUAAUCACGACUAUACAGUCAGAUUAGUAUUUUCGUAAAUGCUACCGGUCUAGCCAGACAGUUCUGACUUUCGCAAAGCGCCUUUACUUUUUUUGUAUUAAAAUUACAAAGAAACAAACAACAACAACAAUCUGCUUGUUAAGAAAAAAAAGAUAUUCUUUAAACCCUAGAAGUUCCAUGUUACAGCAGUGAGGAGGACGGUACAUCAAUUUCCAAUCAUGCAUUGGAAGAGUUAUCACCUUGCAGUGUAAUCACUGGUUACAGUUUCACUACCAGGACACAUAGACUCUUCAAGCUCCUUAUAAGUGCCAACGAAACUAAAAAAUGAAGGAGUACAAAGGCGACAUAAAUUUAAAGGUAAAAGAUUUGAGUAGCUGCAGUUCUCAGCUUAAAGUGACAACGAUUUUGUUUCGUCAUUCCUUUACCCGUAUGCAACUGUCGUAGACAACAAAUUGCUGGCCCCUUUUGUUCAAACGGUGAUAACACUAUCCACCAGAUAAAUCUCUGCGAGGCAGAACAACUAACAUAUACAAAAAGAUAAAGUAAGAGACUCUUCGGAGCCCUUGAUAAAUUUUUCAUGUUUUACAUUGAAUCAUUUGCGAUUACAUUCUCAUUAAAGCAGAAUUGCAAAAACUUUGAAAGAAAAUUUGACCACAUCUAAAGAUCCACCGGGGCAGCUCCUGGCUGUUCAUCAACUACUAAAUUCUUCUGAACCAGUUCCUGAACUCGUUUUUGUGUGCGCCCAGUUUUUUAAGCAAUCAAAACAGAUCAGUUCUUCUUGAUUCAUAAUCAACACGUUUAUUACAAAAAAUCUUUUUUUUCGUUUUCAGACAGAUUAUAUUGUGAGCAAUGGUCUACUUCUCUGAACCAGUUCCUGGUUUUGUUUUGUGCAGUUUUCCGUUAGAAGUGUUUGUAUGGUCUGACUUUGCGGUUGCACGUUAGGUAUGGACGCGAAGCGAGGUUAAGUUACGAAAAGGGUUAAUAAAUUGAUAGAGAUAAUGUUUUGCAACAUGUUAUUUUUUUUCAGUCAAUUCCUUUUAACAAUGAAAUAAAAAAAACAUUAAUUGAAAAAGAUUCCUACAACUAGUUCAGAUAAAUAAAACGGCAAUGGUUAUGUACUUAAAAGGCCUCGAUAUGUGCACUUGCGUACACAAGUGCGUUGGGUAGGGUCAGAAUAUUUCUGCGUCUCUGUCGCUCUCUUUUGUUUUCAAACAAACUUCUUUUCAUUUACGUUACAUAAGGGGACCACAAAGGCUUCCAAUUUUAGUCUUGUACGUUUUCUACUUAAAAUGUGUCCUUUGAAAGGAAAAUUAAGAGUCGAAAACAUCAAUUAAUUCGCUAACGGCCUUUUAAAAUGGGCCGUUGCUGGAUUGGUUGAUAUUUUCUGGCUUUGUUGCUCAGUCUCAUCACGCAAUGCUGUUGCGUCAGGCCUCAGGCCCAACCGAAAGCAAUUUUAUGACAACGUGUAAAAAUGGUGAUCACUUGGUACUUUGUUUUAAGCAAAUAAAUAAUUUCAUGUUUGAAGCUUUCUCCACACCAUCAAGUAAGCCCCGCCUCAGAAAGUAUAAAAAGAAGAAAAUUCUAAAGCACCACGACGAACUUUUAGGUAAAUACGCUGAGUGUGCACGUGCAUGUUUGGCUAGAAUUAUAUGAAAGGUCUUCGUAACGAUCAUUUUUAUUGGUUUGCUUCUUUUUCCAGUAAAGUCUCGAUGUAAACCAAAGAGUUUUACGGCCGACGAAAUUCUGUGUGGUGAUCGCCAAAGUUCUCUUCUUAAUAAGGAAGAAGUUAGAAAGCUGGCUUCCUGCAGUCUUAUUACCAGUUAUCAGUUUGCGUCAAAUGUAUCAAGGAGCCACAAAUUGAUGAUAAGCGGGUUGAAUUCGAAGCUCUUGACGGAAUAUGAUGGAAAUAUGCAAGUGGAAGUAAGUACAAAAAAAGAUUAUGCUUAGCUAAUGCUUUUUUAUUCCCUUACACAACAAGCUUGGGUCCAGUCCUGAGUCUUGAGGAAAUGAUUCUUUCAGGUGUAACAAAAUUCAUAGACAAAGUCAAAAUUCCUCAAAGCGGGUACCAAAGUUACCGUCAAAAAUUUAAGUUUUGAAGGGGUGUCCGUUUAAAAACGUAGGUUAUGUAGGACUUUUCAGUGUAUCGAGCAAUUCAGGUUCGUCAUCACAUCAUUAGGUGUAAAGGGUUUUCUGACAUGCUUAAAAGUACAUUGUGUAGAAACCAUUUAAAAUAUACCCCAACGAGGUUUUUCGUGUUUAAUGUGUAGUAAAACUAAUAAGGGUUUUUAAAUUCAUAAACAUUUUGUUUCAAGUCAGAGUAUUCGGAAGGCGAAUGGCUAUUCUUCAACAGUUUAGAUGA